UACACAGAGGUAGUAGUAAAACAGAAGGUUCUGAUUCGGAUAGUCUGAAUGUCAGAAGCAAGCAAUAAGCCUCAUGCCUUGUGCAUUCCAUAUCCUUCACAAGGUCACAUAAAUCCAAUGCUAAAACUAGCCAAACUUCUCCAUCACAAAGGCUUUCAUAUUUCAUUUGUCCACACAGACUUUAACCGCAAUCGCCUGAUCAGAGCCAGGGGUCCUGACGCCCUUGAUGGCUUUCCGGACUUCAGGUUUUACUCUAUCCCAGACGGCCUAGCCGUUUCUGACCCUGAUGCAACUCAAGAUACUCCAACCCUGUGUAAGUAUGCUCCGAUCAACUGUUUUGCUCCUUUGUGCGACCUCAUAUCCACACUCAAUGACUCUUUUGCACUCGGGGUGCCACCAGUAACAUGUAUUGUUUCUGAUGGGGUCAUGAGCUUUACUCUGAAAGCUGCCCAACAGUUUGGAAUUCCUGAAGUUCUGUUGUGGACAACAAGCGCUUGCGGCCUCCUAGCAUAUAUGCACUAUAGCCAACUUGUGGAAAGAGGCUAUGCACCACUACAAGAUAUGACAUGUAUAACAAAUGGAUAUCUUGAUACCAAAAUUGACUGGGUUCCAGGAUUGCUAGACAUGACAUUGAAGGAUUUUCCAACUUUCUUCAGAACAACCGAUCCAAAUGAUAUCAUGCUGAACUUCAUUUUAACAGAGACGGCAGCUCUUCCUAAAGCUCGUGCCCUCAUAUUAAACACAUUUGACACUCUUGAACAAGAUGCUUUGAAUGCAAUUUCCUCCACUCAACCUCAUAUAUACACCUUGGGGCCUCUGCACUUAAUGUCGAACCAAAUCCAAGACAGUAGACUUACGUCCAUUAGCUCGAGUCUGUGGACAGACGAUGCUAGCUGUAUUGACUGGCUCGACAAAAAAGAAUCAAGCUCAGUUGUUUAUGUGAAUUUCGGUAGUAUCACUGUCAUGACUGCUCCACAGGUCAUUGAAUUUGCAUGGGGCUUAGCUAACAGCAUGAAACAAUUCUUGUGGAUAGUGAGGCCCGAUACACUUGCUGGCGACAGAGCCAUGGUGCCCCAGGAGUUCUUGGCUGAAACGAGAGAACGAGGCAGGCUGACAAGCUGGUGCUCUCAGGAACAAGUCCUGAAACACCCUGCCAUUGGGGGGUUUUUGACACAUAAUGGCUGGAACUCGACUAUCGAGAGCAUUGCAAGCGGAGUCCCAAUGAUCUGUUGGCCUUUUUUCGCUGAACAACAGACGAACUGCAAGUACAGUUGUGUGGAAUGGGAAACUGGAAUGGAGAUGAAUAAUAAUGUGAGGAGAGAUCAAGUGGAGGAGAUGGUAAGAGAGCUAAUGGAUGGUGAGAAGGGAAAGAAAUUAAAGAUGAAUGCAUUUGAGUGGAGAAAGAAAGCUGAAGCAGCUACAAAUCCUGCUGGCUCUUCUUCAGUAAAUCUGGACAGAUUAGUCCAUGAGGUUCUACUUGCAAAGUGAAUCAAAAUUUGUAAAAAUGAAAUGAUCCUGGUUGAGAAGCUUGACAGACUUCGUUUAAGCAUAAUAAGAUUUAGAUUGCAGCACUCACUACUCAUAAUUAUUUGGUUGUGUUACA